GCUCGGCCGAGUGAAGCACCUAACUCAGCGGGCCAGGGUUCAACUCUGAGCUUGGUCUUAAAGCUUUUUCUCUCUCCAACAAAGACAGCCAAAGUAAGUUUCUUUUUGUUUUGUUAGGUUCAUUAAUGCCGGGCUUAAAAAGAGUCAAACCCCUUUCUUUUCUUAAAAAACUUGUUUAUUUUGUUGAUAAUCCAGAAAGCAAGUGAUGUCUGAACAAGAGAAGAUGGUCGGUAGUGGUAGUGAGGCUCAGAUGGAUGAUUCCAAGCCACUCUUGGAAGGAACUGAGGGUGUUGUUGUAGCCGAAGCUGACUGUUUAGCUCCAAUGGACACUGAAAAAGAAGCCGCUAAAGUGAAAGACCAUAUUCAGGUUGAAGAAGAUGGGAAAUUGAUGGCUCAGCCGGUCUGCGACAACCUGGAUUCCGUUGAAGGACAAGCUGUUUCUGACCAAACCCACGGUCGUGAGGAUCAUGACAAGGCUCACAAUGUUGUUGUUGAUGCUGCUGAUGUUCAAAAUGAGGAGAUUUUAAAUUCUGGGGAUGAUGAAGAUGGUAAAUUUAAGGAUGUUGAGGACAAAUCUGUGGCCGAAACUGUUACCAGAACGGAUGAAAUUGAACAUGACAAUGAACUCUGUGGAAUCCCCACUGCUGAAAUAAAAGUAAAGCCCGAAGGUGAUGCCGAUGGAGUUGACAAUCAGGAGCAGACCACAUCGAGAGAACUCGAUGACAAAAACCCUAACAUGUGCUUCGACAACGACUGGUCCGACUUGGAGGAGGAGCAAGUGGCUUUCGUGAAAGAGGUUGAAGCAUUUUACAAGGAGAAUAACCUUGAAUUCAAACACCCUAAGUUUUACAAGGAGGAUUUGAAUUUGCUCAAGUUAUGGAGAGUUGUCAUCAAAUUGGGAGGCUAUGAACAGGUGACCUCGUGCAAAUUGUGGAGGCAGGUGGGAGAAUCGUUUAAUCCCCCAAAGACCUGUACUACUGUGUCUUGGACAUUCCGUAUCUUUUAUGAGAAGGCACUGCUCGAGUAUGAAAAGCAUAAAUUGCAUGGCGCUGUACUCCCUCAUUCUGUUCCUUCCCUCAUAGAGCCUAUCACGGUUGUUAGUCCGCCUCCUGAUAGUACUCAAGCUCCUGGGUCCGGUAGGGCAAAGAGGGAUGCUGCUACUCGUGCUAUGCAGAGCUGGCAUUCUCAGCUUGUUCUUGAUAAUGGAGAGGACAAAAACUCGAGUCCGACACCCAAAACUGACAGACAACCUAAAAAUUCUGGUUCAUUAAAGCGCAAAAAGCCAUCAACUUGUGUCCAAGCUGCUCCACCUAAACCGAAAAAACUACGGUCAGAUACUAUGGUUGUCGAUAUUGGAGCCCCGGCUGAUUGGGUGAAGAUUAAUGUGCAAAAAACCGCUGACUGCUAUGAGGUAUUCGCUUUGGUUCCCGGGUUUCUGCGUGAUGAGGUGCAUGUUCAGUCCGAUCAAGCAGGACACUUGGUUAUAUCCGGUGAACCAAGAGAACUGAACAAUCCCUGGGGUGUUACACCCUUUAAAAAGGUCGUCAGCUUGCCGUCCAGAAUCAACCCGAAUAAGACCUCCGCCGUCGUUACCCUGCAGGGUCAGCUGUUCGUGCGCGCCCCUAUCGAUCAGUCGGAUGUAUAACGUGUAGGCUUUUAAUGUAGAGAUUUCUCUAGUUUGAAACUGACGUCUGAUCAUCAAAUUCAGCAGUUGCACAAUUUUAUUGAUCAGAGUUUAUACAGCCAAUCUUCCAACAUU